CAUUUCCUUCCGCCACUCCAACCCAUCCCAUGUCCCCCCCUUGGGACUCCCCCAGCUCUGGGCUCCUCUUUCGGGUCUCACUCUGUCACUAUCAGGUUAGAAGCAAUUGAGCCAAUUCUGCUAGCCCCAGCCGAGGACCGAAGUUAGGUCCAACCUGCAAAAACGUCAAUGAGCUCGGAAGGUCCAAAUGCCCCGCCCUACCGCAGCUUCACUUCUGGGACUGCGCAUGUGCCACGGGCGGCUGCCCAAAUACUAAGCCUUGGGCUGCACGCCCGGCCUACACGCAGGCGCACUGCCGGCCGCCGGGAGCGCUUCCGUCUCCCGCCGUCGCCAUGGCCGCACCGGCCCCGGGCCUCAUCUCUGUCUUCUCGAGUCCACAGGAGCUCGCCGCUUCGCUGGCGCAGUUGGUUGCCCAGCGGGCUGCGUGCUGCCUGGCUGGGGCCCGCGCCCGUUUUGCGCUCGGCCUGUCGGGCGGCAGUCUCGUCUCCAUGCUGGCAAGCGAGCUGCCCGCCGCAGUCGCCCCCGCCGGCUCGGCCAGCCUCACGCGCUGGACGCUGGGCUUCUGCGACGAGCGUCUCGUACCGUUUGAGCACGCUGAGAGCACGUAUGGCCUCUACAGGACGCACCUGUUCUCCAAGCUGCCCAUCCCUGACAGCCAAGUGAUUACCAUUAACCCCCAGCUUCCUGUGGAGGAGGCAGCUGAGGACUACGCCAAGAAGCUGAGACAGGCCUUCCAAGGGGACUCCAUCCCAGUUUUUGACCUGCUGAUCCUGGGGGUGGGCCCUGAUGGCCAUACCUGCUCACUCUUCCCAGACCAUCCCCUCCUGCAGGAACGAGAGAAGAUAGUAGCCCCCAUCAGUGACUCCCCAAAGCCACCUCCACAGCGUGUGACCCUCACACUUCCUGUGCUGAAUGCAGCCCGAACUGUCAUCUUUGUGGCUACUGGAGAAGGCAAGGCAGCUGUUCUGAAGCGCAUUUUGGAGGACAAGGAGGACAACCCUCUCCCUGCCGCCCUUGUCCAGCCCCACACCGGGAAACUCUGCUGGUUCCUGGAUGAGGCAGCAGCCCGACUCCUGACUGUGCCCUUCGAGAAGCAUUCCACUUUGUAGCUGAUCCCUGGGGACGCCACAUUGGGGACCAUGUGCGGCCUGAGGGGGCUGGGACCUUCUAGGGCUGUGCCUCUCCACCGCCAUGCUCUGGGUUUCAUUAUUAAAAAGCCACGUGGUGCCCUGACUGAAGUGGCUCAGUGGGUUGGGCAUCGCCCUGCAAACA